AUGGGCAGCGUCGAGACAGUAGAUAUCCUCAUCGUGGGCGCAGGCCCCGUCGGCCUCACCCUCGCCCUCGACCUUGGUCGUCGUGGGAUUCGGUCUACCAUCGUCGAGCGCGACGCCAGCACCGAGUCCGAGCUGCACGCCAAGGCCAGCGUCAUCGACGAGCGCACGAUGGAGUUCUGCCGACUCCUGGGAAUUCGCGAUGAUGUCGCUCACGCAGGAUACCCGGACGAUCUACCCGGCGACACUGUUUUCUGCACGGCCAUGAACGGCCACUUCAUCGGACGGUUGGUGAUGCCUUCCGCCGCGACGCGCGAAGUCCCCAAGCAGUCCGCCGAAGUGCUCCGGCGCUGCCCGCAGAUCUGGUUCGAUCCGGUGAUCGCGCGGGCCGUCCAGCGCCAGGGCAUGGCGGAAAUCCGCUACAGCACGGAACUCGUCCGGUGCGACCAGGACGCCGACGGGGUGGUCUGUCACCUGCGACGUGUGUCCGACAACGCCUCUGAUGCCGUGCGCGCGCGGUACGUGGUGGCCUGCGAUGGAGCGAGCAGCAUCGUGCGGAAAUCGCUGGGCAUCUCGUUCGACGGGAAAGACCUAGGAUACGCGAUCAGCUCGAUCGUGCGCGUGCACCUCCAGAAGCACCAUAACUGGAUCCCCGCGGAGCGGUUCAUGUUCAUCGGACCCGAUGGAACAUGGGGGAACUUCACAACGAUUGACGGCCGCGCGCUGUGGCGUUUCUCGGUGGUUGGCGGCAAGGAAAAGAAAGACUUGUCGACGUUCGAUAUAGAUGGUUUGCUCCGUAAGGCUCUUGGAAGAGACGACGUCGAGUACGAAGUCAUCAAGACCGUGCAGUGGCGGCGCAGCCAGUACACGGCCGAGAAGUAUCAUCAAGGUCGGAUCUUCCUUGCCGGCGAUGCAGCGCAUACCAUGUCUCCCACCGGUGGACAUGGCUUAAACACCGGUGUGGGUGAUGUGAUGGGUCUGAGUUGGGUGUUGCAGAGCCUGCUUGAAGGAUGGGGCGGCCCCGGCCUAGUGGAUGCUUACACCACUGAACGACGCCCCGUCGCGCUGCGCAAUGGAGCAGGUUCAACCCGCAACUUCUCCAUCUGGAUCAACAGCAACGGUCGGGACAGAGUUCUUGACUCUGGGCCCGAAGCGGAUGAGCAGAGGCAGGCCCUAGGUGAAAACAUGGCUGCGAACAUGCGACAAGAGUUCCAGUCCUUGGGACUUGCUUUGGGCUAUAAUUACUCCGAAUCUCCAUUGAUUGUGCCCGAUGGGUCGCCUGCACCACUGGAUGACCCAGAGAUCUAUAUCCAGACUGCCAGACCUGGCCAUCGUGCGCCGCAUUACUGGCUUAGCGAAGGCCGGUCGACUAUCGAUCUUUUCGGUGGUGGUUUCGUUCUUCUAUGCUUUGGAGAUGAGACCGAAGGGGAUGCGGAGAUUGAAGUGCUUGCGAAGAAACUUUCCAUUCCUUUUGAGACUGCUUCAAUCAAGAAUUCCGAUGUCGCAAAGCUCUACGAUCGUCGGCUGGUUCUGGUGCGUCCGGAUGGGAUGGUUGCUUGGCGCGGAGACGUUCUUCCAGAAGACGUCCAAGGGCUACUAAAUCAAGUGCGGGGCGUCUCUGCUCUUGCAAAGUAG